CUGGGUUCCGGCGCUCGGCAGCAGAAGGUCCCGGUGCCAUGGGGCUGUACGCGCUGCUCUGCCUCGCUUCCCUCAUCCUCCUUCCCCUCCUUUCCCUCGCCUGGCUCCUGCUGCGCUCCGCCGGCAGCCCCAGCCCCUUCGCUGCCGAUGCCCGGCGCCCGCCAGCCCCGCUCGUCACCGACAAGGCGGUCCGCAGGGCGGUCGUUAAGACAGUUUUCUCUGCAGACAAGGUGCCGGAGCGGCUCGAUGCCAUCGUGGUGGGCAGCGGCAUCGGGGGCUUGGGAGCCGCGGCACUGCUGGCCAAGGCGGGCAGGCGGGUGCUGGUGCUGGAGCAGCACGGGAAGCUGGGGGGCUGCUGCCACACCUUCACUGAGAAGGGCUUCGAGUUCGACACCGGUAUCCACUACGUGGGGCAGAUGCAGGAGGGCACCAGCCUGCGCUUCCUGGUGGACCAGCUGACGGAGGGGCAGCUGGAAUGGGUCCCGCUCCCUCCUGUGUUCGACACCGUGGUGCUGGGGGAGCCCGGCAGCGCCAGGACCUAUCGGCUCUAUUCGGGACGGGAGGGCUACUUCCAAGGCUUGAAGCAGCAGUUCCCCAAUGAGGCGGCUGCUAUUGAGGAGUUCGAGCGGUUGGUGCAGAGCGUCAGCAGAGGGGUCCUGCUCCUGGUGCUGCUGAAGGUGCUGCCGCGGGCACUGGCGGCGCUGCUCUGCCGCUCGGGGCUGCUCCCCCGGCUCUGCCCCUUCCUCCGCUUGGCCUCACGCAGCCUCAAGGAUGUGGUGGAUGCGCUCACACCCAACCAGGAGCUCCGGGCUGUCCUCAGCUACAUCUUCCCCACCUAUGGAGUGGUGCCCUCCAAGGCAAGCUUCUCCAUGCACAGCAUCCUGGUGGACCAUUUCCUGUGUGGGGCAUGGUAUCCCAAAGGAGGGGCUGGGGAAAUCGCCUUCCACAUCAUUCCCGUUAUCCGGAAAGCUGGAGGCAACGUGUUCGGAAGGGCACCAGUGCAGAGGAUCCUGCUGGACUCCCAGGGCAAAGCCUGUGGUGUGAGCGUUAAGAAGGGUCAGGAUCUGGUGAACAUCUUUGCUCCCAUCAUCAUUUCGGAUGCUGGGAUCUUCAACACCUACGAACGGCUCCUGCCGGUGGAGGCGAGGGCAUUGCCUGAGAUCCAGUCCCAGCUCCGCAUGGUGACGCACGGCGAAGGGGGUUUCACCAUCUUUGUAGGUCUUAAUGGCUCCAAAGAAGAGCUGGGCCUGGAGCCCACCAACUACUACCUGUAUCAAGGACAUGACCUGGAUGAAAUGAUGAGUCGCUACCUGUCCUCAUCCAGGGAAGAAGCUGCCAAGAGCAUCCCUGUGCUGUUUGUGAGCUGCCCAUCGACCAAGGACCCCACGUGGGAAAGGAGGCACCCGGGUAAAUCCACGUUGGUCGUCGUGACCUUCGCCAGGUACGAGUGGUUUGAGGAGUGGCAGGACAAGCAGGUCCAUAAGCGAGGCGAUGACUACGAGGAGCUGAAGCAGGCCUUUGUGGACACCAUCAUGCAGACUGUCUUCAAGCUGUACCCUCGCAUCGAGGACAGGAUCGAGUACCUGUCCAGCGGGACGCCCCUCACCAACCAGCACUACAUCGCCAGCCCCAAAGGGGAGUUCUAUGGCGUUAACCACGACAUGGCCCGGCUGCAGGCUGAAGCCAUCGCAGCCGUGAGGGCGCAGACGCCUGUCCCCAACCUCUACCUAACAGGGCAGGAUCUGUGCGUGGAGGGCUUCGCCGGAGCCCUGCAGGGAGCCCUCAUCUGCGCCAGCUCCGUCCUGGGGCGCAACCUCUACAUCGACAUGGAGCGGCUCAAGAGGCGCACGGAGGCCAAGAGCACCAGGAAGAGGGACUGAGGGACCGGGACCGGGGCCUCC